AAUAAUAAAAAAAAAGAAUGGAAAAAAAAUAAUAAUUUUCUUUAAAAGAUAAUUGCAAAUAAAGAUUAAAAACAGCUCUCGAAGAUAUAAUGCGAUAAAAUAAAACAGUUUAACAAUAUAUUCUAAUAACCGACCAAAAUUCAUUAAAAAUAAUAAGUUCAUUAAUGAAAAUGACCGAAUUAUUAGAAUUAAACAUAAUAUCGGUUGAAAAAAUUGACAAUGAAAGACCUAAACACUCCAAACAUCAUGCCAUAUAUUUUAUUUCCCCAUAUUAAGAUUCUAUAGAUUUAUUAUUAAACGACUUUCCUUAAAAAAAGGGAGAAAAUUAAUAUGGGAAAGUUCAUUUAUACCUCACAAAUAGAAUAGAGGAAAAUUUAAUGUCUAAAAUUGCCACUAAUAAAUAUUUAUUGAAUCGUAUUUUGACUUUUAAAGAAUUUAAUUAGGAUUUUGCUUGUAAAUUCGACAAUAUUUUUAAUUUAGAAGUAUUAGAUUCCUUAAAAACUAUAUUUUCAGAAAGCGGAAAGGAAUAUAAGAAUAAAAUAAUGGAGAUAUCUGACAAAAUCAGUACAGUGAUACUUUCUUUCGAAAGGAUGUUUUCCAUAGAGAUAUUUUAUAAUAUACACGAGAAUAAAAUAUCGUAAACAAUAGCAGAAUAAAUGAACGAAAGACUAAAAAAUAUACUAAAUUAGCUCCAAAGCGAAAAUUCAGAAUAAAUAAAUAGAAAAUCCGGUAAAAUCACAGUUUUAAUUCUAGAUAGAUCUUUUGAUGUUUUGACUCCUUUUUUAAGAGAUUUUCAUUAUUAACCUUUACUUUAUGAUGUUUUGGAUAUUAAAAAUGAUAUAGUUGAAUAUUGGAUUAAUGAAGGGCCAAAAGAAGUAUUAAAAAAAAGUCAAUUAAAUGAAUAAGAUGAGCUUUUUAAGAAAUAUAGAUUUGCACAUAUAGGAGAAGUUAUGUCAGGGAUUGGUGAAUAAUUUAAUGAUUUUGUAAAAAUUAAUAGUACUGCUAAAGUUUAAAUGGCAGGAGGUGUUAUUGAAGAUUUAGAUUUUGGGAAAAUGUAAGAAAUUAUUAGAAGUAUGCCUUAAUAUUAGGAAUAGUUGGCAAAAUAUAAUAUGCAUAUGAAAUUAAUAGGGGAUAUUUGGAAAGUUUUCGAAGAUAAAAAUUUAAAGGAUUUAGGAGAAUUGGAGUAAAAUCUAAGUACUGGAAUAGAUGGAAAUGGGGAAAAAAUAAAGGAAAAGGCUAUUUAUGGAUAAGCUUUAUAGAUUAUAUAGAAUGACAUUUUAAAUGAUUAUGAUAAAAUUAGACUAAAAAAUAAACUAGCUAAUCUUUUAGGAGGAGAAGGUGAAGAAGAUGAAGUAGGUGGCAGUUAGUUUUUAAAUUAAAAUGAAUAUGUAGAUGCUUUGUGUGAUAUGAAAUGUAGCGAGAUAUGA